AUGCUGGAAGACCCAGCUUACAGUGAAGUAGUCAGAUGGGGAGACCAGGGCGACAGCUUUGUCGUUCUCGAAAACGAGAAGUUUACCAAGAGCAUAUUACCGAAACAUUUUAAGCACAGCAACUUUGCAAGUUUCGUGCGUCAACUGAACAAGUACGAUUUCCACAAAGUCCGGCAUAACGAAGAAAAUGGGCAUUCUCCCUAUGGUGCAUCGGCAUGGGAGUUUAAACAUCCGGAAUUCCGAGCCGAUAGAAAAGAUAAUCUCGACAAUAUUCGAAGGAAAGCCCCGGCUCCGAGGAAAGCCCAGAAUGCUGAAGAUCAAUACGGAGUAGCGAACUCACAAGUCGUGGCCAUUGGCGAGACGUUGGCCGCAACACAACAGCAGGUCCAACAACUCCAGGAGUCGUACUACGAGAUCCUCAACGCAAACAAGAUAUUUGUCGAUGAGAUCAUGCACCUCCAGAAGUUGGUGAAGGCGCAGAAUCAGGUACACAACGAGCUGCUGAACCAUCUCAACAAGGUCGAGCAGGAGAGAAAGGACAGUCGCAACUCGAACCAUUCCACACCCGCGUUCAACUCCAACAGUAGCAAUCUGCUCUCAGACGGCUCGGAAUCACCACUGGAACUCCGCCGAGCCCGCGAUAUCUUGAACAGCCUCACCGUAGAGCACCACGCAGAUCGUGAUCUGAACCGCAUGUCAGUUGCAUACCACCAUACCGGUGGUUCCCCCGAAUCUGCCGGGUCCUCCGCGAUGAUGGGUCCGCCUGGUACCGGGGGAGUAGCUCCGUUCUUGCACGAUCCCCUCAACGACAUGCGUCAUCUCGUGUAUCCAGUCGGUCAGACGAUAGGUAUUGAUCCCUUCGCUCCCGAACACAUGAACAACAUCCCCUAUAACCGGCCAGGCCAAGAGAACGCGAUCGGCCCAGGCUCUGAUUUCCAUGCGGCGCCUAUGCCUUCGCACAGUUCUCCAGGUGCACCACUAUCGGGAGGGGGCUCGCCUUGGGGAUCAAAGAAGCCUAUUGUCCUCCUCGUCGAAGAUGAUAGAACCUGUUCUCGAAUCGGGUCCAAAUUCCUGAACCAGUAUGAUUGCGGAGUCGAAGUCGCGCGCGAUGGCCUCGAGGCUGUGAACAAGGUCAAUGCGAAACAGCACGCUUAUGACCUAAUCUUCAUGGAUAUCGUCAUGCCCCAGCUCGAUGGUGUCUCUGCCACUGCCAUGAUCCGCGAAGUUCACCCAAACACGCCCAUCAUUGCCAUGACGUCCAACAUCAAUCAGCAAGACCUCGAAAUGUAUUUCCAUUGGGGAAUGCGAGACGUGCUGGCCAAGCCCUUCACCAAGGAGGGCAUGAUCGGUAAGCUGAGGAAACAUCUGGUCAACUUCUUGCGAAACCCGCCGCCGGAGGCUAUGAUGGACCCCAUCUAUCCCAACGGAGGCCCGGCUCAACCACCAACGCCUGGUCCAUACCUCAACCAAGGAAUGGGCAUGGCACCGCUCUCGGCGACGUCUUCCGGUCCUGUCGCUAAGUUCGACACCACCCCAGUACAAUCGCCAGCCACCAGUAGCUCGUGGCACUCGCCAAGCCAGCUUCCGCAUGCCUCGCCGACGAUAAGCCAUGACCAAGGAGCGUAUCUCGCCGCUGGGAGCGGCUCGCAGAUGGUGCUCACGCCUGGCGGUACCCAAAGGCCACAGUAUGCUAGCGCCAUGAUACCGCACAUGGGCGGUCCCCAAAAAAUACCAGAGGGCAUGCAGCGCCACGAUGGACCACCCGGAAAGCGACAACGGUUGUAUGGGCCGCAAGAGAGAUAG